UAUCAGUACCACACUCAGAUUGAAUCUGUCAUCCAAGGGGAGAACAAACAGAUGGUUAAUGAGCUUGUUACGAAACUUACGCAGGUACUACGAAAUGUCUUAGACAAGUUAUCACGUUAUGAUGAAGGCACUUUCUUUGCUUCUAUUUUAUCUUUCACGAAUCCUGGGAUGGAGCUAUCUGAUGCAUAUGCAGAGUUUAUUUGUGACAACUUGGAAGACAUCACUGCACGAACACAUGAUGACCAGUUUUUACUUAGCCUGUACGAGGUAAAAACAACAUUUUACAAAAGAAAGCCGAGCUAGUAACUCGGUAGCAUCAGUGUCCCUAAUCUGAGGCAU